AUGCUGUGUUUAUUUGACCAUCUUAUCGAGUUCCCUCAGCUGAAGCCUAUGAUCACCUCCCUCGUGCACAGUCUGCAUAAUGGAACCAUCAAACUUACAAGCGAUCUGAUCAACCAUGUUCCCUACCAUGCAGUAGUCGAUGCUGUUGGCGGUACUGCCGCCUUUUUAAAUAUUGCAUUAAAUGCCGUGGACCCUCGGGUCCUUGCACUACAGGGUCAAACCAUAACCGUGGAGAAACUGUAUACCAUCAAGACGCUUGAUCUCUCUGUUUUGGAUCUAUUCGGGCUGCGACCUGGAGGAAACUGCUCUAAUGUUGGGCUUAACAUAGUCCCUCCGCUUGCUCAGGUGAUAGAACUCGCACCUACCGUGCGUGGGGAUUUUGCAAAGCGCUUGGAGGCCUCUGAUGACCCUGAAAUCCGCGAGUGGCCUAAGAUCCGAGCAAAACAGCAGCAUGGAGAGGAAUCUACCAGCAAGAAAAGGCUUGUGUCAGAAAACAUGCGUUUGACGCCAGAGCAAAAUAUCCAGGCCCUUUGUGAUGCAGUUCAAAAGGACAAGAUGCUAUCAGAAUCAAACUACUGCAGCAUCCCUUGUCAUGGGGAUGGGGACGAGGCUUCAGUUCCAUUUGGGCUAAAAAGAACUGGAUUUACUGAAAGCAAUUCUCUGAUAUGGGCAUCAAAUCUCCAAAGAUACAGGGUAAUUCUGGAUACCCUGCAAGUGGGCCCUCAACGUCCCAACACUGGAAUGUUUUCAGCAUGGACCCAAAAUCUCAUUGAAAGCAGCAACCUACGACUUAUCCUUCUUUGUGGCUCAUUUAAGGAGGAUAUCGCUCUUACCACAAAUGACCAACAACAUAGUCUUACUUUGAAUCUCCAAGGUAUUGACUUCAAAAUCUGGCUGAGACUUGGACUUAGUGGUGAUACUAUUGAACGAAUAUUUGUGCGAUCCCACGCACCUCUUGUCAGGAUGUGGGCAAGCAAGGGAAUGGCAGCACAGAAACUAGGGGCCUUGUUCAGGUUUGUGAAUUCAAUAAUAGGCUUGAAGCUUUUCGCGGCCUUUUACCAAAGUGCCUUGACACUUCUGUUGAUUAUCCGUGGAUGGGACGACGAGCGAUCUGGAAAUGCUCAGCCCCUUUCUCCUGAAAUGGAGAAACUUGACCCAACGCUUAGGAUAUGGCUCUCUAGGCUAGGCUUCACAAAGGAUGGAGAUAUUCUCCUUGGACGUACUGGUGGUUCUGGUGGUCAGAGAGUUCCACGUCCUAGUCAGAAGAACCGUGGCGCCAUUCCAAGAGAAACCAUGCAGGGGGUCCGCUCCCUUCUUAAAGGAGUUCAAGAAGCCCAGUUCCAUUGUGGAGAAAAUAUCAGUCAGACUAUUCUCCCCGAAACGAAAAUGCAGGAGGAAGCCCAAGAAGCCAAGUUUAGUUCUGAGGAGUUGAGCAGUCACGAAGCUCCGCUGAAGAGUGAUAAGCCGGAUUCAGAUGAUUUUAAUGAGGAGUUGGUGUCUGAAGAUCUUUUGGAUGAUGCGAUUUCGAACGGUAGUAUCAUGGUUGAGCCAUAUGUCCCUGAACAGCCAGCAGAGAUUCUUCGUCGAAGGACAGAAUUUAACAAGCUCUCUUGGAGGAGGAGCCUUGAGUUGAUGACAGGGUACCAGUUCAAAGGACACGAAACAAAAAAAGGCCGCGUCAGCUCCUAUUCCUUUGGCAUUUACUACGUAUUAUUCUACAUCCAUGAAGCGCCACCUGAUUGCAAGUUGUUUUUCGUCAAAGCUGAGCUAGCACCCCCUGGCAAGCAUCACCCUAAUGCAUAUGCAACAAGGGCCGAUGAGAUUGACCCAGGUGCUCGGUUUGCUCUUCGGAUCGCCAUACAUGAUGACAAUGGAGAAGAAACCUUUUUUCAAUUUUCGACUAGUCACACAUGGAAAGGGAUUGCCAUUGCAAAUGCUUUUGUGGACACAUUCUCUGGCGAUUCAUUGCAGGUGAUCAGUCAGCGAAAGAGAAGAUAUCUUUAUGUUCAUAAAAGAAUCAAAGAUGUCUCUGUUGAGUUACAACCGCUCAUUUCUGGCGCCUAUCGGAAUGAAAGUGGGGAAGUCGUGAAACGGAGUAAAGACAUCCAAAGAGACACCGGGUGA